AUGGAGAACACUCUAAACUCGUGCUCUGCCAAAGCCCAUUUAAUCAACGAUAACUCGAGUGGAAACUCUGGGAGUGAUUAUUUAUCAUCGCCAGUUUCUCAAAAGCUACUAAGGCUAACAACAAUUUCACUAACGGGGCUUUACAAUCAUAUUGGCCGACUUCAAACCCGCGAACAUCUUAAAAGAGUUUUAGCCGGUGGAGUAGAGCUUAAAGAAGGACGAUAUUACGUCCAUGGCCACAUUGGCAGCGGAUCAUUUGGAAAAGUAGUUGAAGCUUUUGACCGUGAGCGUAAUGAAAAAGUUGCUAUAAAAAUUAUUAAACACAAGCUUAAGUUAGCCAAAAUAGCACAGAGAGAGAUUGAAACAUUAAAAAAAUUAAAUGAAUAUGAUCAAGAAAAAGGGUAUAUUGUCAGAAUGCUGGACCAUUUUGAAUGAAAUGGCCACACUUGUAUUGUUUUUGAAUAUUUAGCAAAAACUUUACUACAACUUCUCAGGGAUACAGACUUUAAAGGACUUUCUCUAUCUGAAGUCAGGGAUUUUGCAUGGCAGCUUGUUCUAGCUUUGUGUUUACUUUCGCGACCGAAACUAAAAAUAAUCCAUUGUGAUUUAAAACCGGAGAAUAUCAUGCUAAAAGUGCCUGAUAGAUCAGGAAUUAAAAUAGUUGACUUUGGAAGUUCGUGUGAAGCAGGGAAGACUUAUUAUAAAUGUGUGCAAAGCAUGUACUAUCGUGCUCCAGAAGUAAUUUUGGGACAGCCUUAUGGGCACUCAAUUGAUAUGUGAAGCGUAGGAUGUAUUUUAGCUGAACUUUAUAUAGGACGGCCUUUAUUUUGUGGAAGAAAUGAAGUUGACCAAAUGGCAAAAAUUACUGAGCUAUUAGGGAUUCCACCAAAUUCAAUAUUGUUUUGAAGCGAAAAGCUUCAUAAUUUUUUUGAUGUAUCUGGGCCUCCUAAGUUAAAGCAUGAACCGAUUCAUGAAGACAAAAAUAAGCAGUAUCCAAAAUCACUAAAAGAAGCUCUUGGAAUUCAUUUAGUGAAGAAAGAUAUCGAUAAGCACCAAAACUUUUUAGAAUUAAUCCAAAAAAUGCUGGAGUACAAUCCCAAUAAGCGAAUCUCACCUAUAGAUGCUUUGGAGCAUCAGUUUUUUAAAGACGUAACUUUUAUUUAGGGUAAUAUUGAUGGGAUUAUCAAAUAUCAAGCACCUCCGUUAAAGCAUGCAGAGUAUCCAGUAAAACGACCAACAUCACUUUCAAUGAUUCAUAGCUCAGAAGUUCCAUGACCAAUUAACAACUUCCCAUGCUAUGCUCCUAAAAAGCAGGAUAGCAGGUAUAAACUUCCAUGGAGGCCACUAGUGUAUCCUUCGCAAGGAACAGUAAGCACGCUAGAUUCGCAUGAGACUUCUCCAUAUUCAAAACAAUCUACAACAGGCUCACAGGCAAGUUCUUGGUAUCAAUCUCCGCUGAGGGUUAAUUCAACAGAAGAAAUUGAAGUUGCUUUGAAAAAUGCUUAUAUUAAUGGCACUCUGAUUGGCAGGCCUGCUUCUCAUAAUAUGAUGCAAUAUAUAACAUCUACGAAUAAUUCGAGGCCAGCAUCUCAUGAAAUGAUACAAAUUCCAAACGACACUCCAAAUAGUAAAUCAAAUGUAACACCAAACUUCUAA